AGCGAGCUUACCUAAACGCUGGGCGAUACCAUGUUGGAUGGGUGUUUGGGGGAGGUGAGCACCGAAAGGGGUUGUUGGAGGUGCCGGUAGCAGCGCCGGGUGGCCCAGUGACCGGGUAUGGCGUGUGGGCGCCUGUUGGCUGGGUAUAACCGAUCAUGCCUAAGGAAGUGAAAUACAGCUGUAUUUAUUAACUUAUAGGCAUACCAGAAGAUGCAACAUUAGGUCAGCUGGAGUGAAGAUUAUGAAUGAAAUCCAUCUAGUACCACACUGCUUCUCAUCUUGUUUUGUGACAUACUUCCUGUAGUAUUUGGAAGAACACAUCAGGAGAAAAGGACCGCUUGCCAUCAUGAAGUUGAAACAACGGGUAGUGCUUCUGGCAAUCCUCCUUGUCAUCUUUAUUUUCACCAAGGUUUUCCUCAUAGACAACUUGGACACCUCAGCAGCUAACCGUGAGGACCAGCGCGCCUUUCACCGUAUGAUGGCAAGCCUGCGGGUGGAAUUGGACCCACGACUUGAUCACACACUGCAAUCUCCCUGGGAGAUUGCAGCUCAGUGGGUGGUGCCUCGUGAAGUGUAUCCAGAGGAAACACCAGAACUAGGGGCAGUGAUGCAUGCCAUGGCUACAAAAAAGAUAAUCAAAGCAGACGUGGGCUAUAAGGGCACUCAGCUGAAGGCAUUGCUCAUACUGGAAGGUGGGCAGAAGGUGGUCUUCAAACCUAAGAGAUAUGCCAGAGACUAUGUGGUAGAAGGGGAACCAUAUGCAGGGUAUGACAGACACAAUGCAGAGGUGGCAGCCUUCCACCUGGACAGAAUCUUGGGUUUCCGACGAGCCCCACUAGUGGUUGGCAGGUUUGUGAAUCUCCGCACAGAGAUCAAACUUGUUGCUACAGAACAGUUGCUAAGUACCUUCCUGACAUUAGGUAAUAAUACUUGCUUUUAUGGAAAGUGCUACUAUUGCCGGGAAACAGAGCCAGCCUGUGCUGAAGGGGGCACCAUGGAGGGAUCAGUCACGUUAUGGCUGCCAGAUGUUUGGCCCCUUCAGAAGCAUCGACACCCAUGGGGCAGAACAUACAGGGAAGGCAAACUGGCCAGAUGGGAAUAUGAUGAGAGCUACUGUGAUGCUGUAAAGAAGACAUCACCCUAUGACUCAGGCCCACGGCUCCUUGACAUCAUAGAUACAGCCAUCUUUGAUUAUUUGAUUGGGAAUGCUGAUCGACAUCAUUACGAAAGCUUUCAGGAUGACGAAGGAGCCAGCAUGCUAAUUCUACUUGACAAUGCCAAAAGCUUUGGGAAUCCUUCCCUGGAUGAGAGAAGCAUUUUAGCACCUCUUUAUCAAUGCUGCAUUAUUCGAGUCUCCACAUGGAACAGGCUCAACUACCUGAAGAGUGGAGUGCUGAAGUCUGCCUUAAAAACUGCCAUGUUGCAUGAUCCUAUCUCACCAGUGUUGUCUGCCCCUCAUAUGGAUGCCCUAGACCAGCGACUCCUGAACAUCUUGGCUACAGUUAAGCAAUGUACAGACCAGUUUGGACCAGACGUUGUACUAGUAGAAGAUAGGAUGACACUUUCCCAUUUGUAACUUCAAUGGUGGGGAUUCUCUCUCUUUCAUUUUUAAGCAAACAAUAGGAAACAGCACAAUUGGUUUUGCAUGGCUGUGAGCAGGAUGGACUGAAACUGAAAUGCCAGACUUCCUGCAUCAAAGGAGAAACAGUGGUAUGAAGGUUCUGCUGAAGACACGGUACCUGCCUUCAGGUAACCUUAUAUCAUAUUUUGGAUGUCCAUUGCUGGCAGUGGAUGUUGCACUGAGAGCUCUCCUGGGUUUCUUUAAGAAGAAAUGGGAAUUGGGGCAUUAAUACAGACUGGCUCCAAAGAAGAGCCACAGUUCCCUCACCUUUUCCAAACAUAAUCUUCAGAUUUUAGACCAGAGUUUUAAAUAAUAGGUUGACCCAGCAUCCCUGCUGGCUGCCUAAAAACAGAAAAGGCAAAUUCAGUUGUCUCUCCUGACCCGCAUGGAUCUUAGGAAUUUUUGGCUGGAACUUUCUCAAGAGCCCUAUGAAGGAAUGUGUGGUUGUCAACAGUGUUAAGCAAAAUCCUUCAAUUCCAAAAUGCAAAGGAGACUGUUUUAGGUUGUUAAUUUAAAUCUAUACUCCAUCCACAAGGCUGAAAGGAAUCAGGAUUGCACGAUGAUUCAAAGACUCAACCAGUCAUGAAGAUUGGAGAUUAUUGUGCAAGCCAUUGCUGUAUUCCCACACGCAAGGAUUCUUGCCCCUUUGAAGUAAAUAUUUCACUGAUACCUAGUAA